AUGUCAUUUUGGGACACCCUACUGACCACGUGGCUGGAAGACGAAAAACUACUCGACCCACGCCAAUUCGCUUUCCGGAAGGGACUCGGCACCGGAGCCCACCUGGGUUCGCUCGGCGAGGUAUUAUACAGAGCAAGGUCCGAAGGCAUCCACGCCGAUAUUGCCAUACUCUACAUAGCAAAAGCUUACAACACAGUCUGGCGAGAAGGUGUCAUUCAACAACUCCAACGAUGGGGAAUACAGGGGAACCUAGGCGUCUUCAUCCAAAACUUCCUAACCAACCGCCGCUUUCGGGUAUGCAUAGGCGGCACACUUUCCGACGAAUUCCGCGAGGCCAACGGAGUGCCACAAGGAUCGAUACUAGCAGUGACCCUCUUCUUAGUGAGGAUGAAUUCGCUCUUCACCGCGCUACCCGGGGGCGUCUAUGUCUUCGUGUACGCGGACGACAUCAUAUUGGUGGCCCUCGGGAAGACGAUCCCGCGCACAAAAAUAUCUCUGCAGGCCGCCGUCAACGCAGUCGGCCGAUGGAUUCAACAUCACCGCCACCAAGUGCGCCAUUACACACUGCUGCAGCACUUAUCACCCUGCCAACGCUCGUCCAGUCCGCCUCAACGGUACAGUAAUUCCGUUCCGAAAGGAACCGGUCGUCCUCGGAAUCACCCUCGACCGGAAACUGACAAUGAUACCACACUUCCGGCGACUGAAAAAAGACUGCCAGAGCAGAAAGCGAUUAGCGCGGACCAUUUGCGCCCACCACCCAAAAACAUCCGCCGAGCAGCGCUGAACGUCGGACGAUCUCUUAUCCACAGCAGAAUCUUCUACGGAAUCGAGAUGACUUGCCGGAACCUAGACGGACUCUCCGACAUCCUCGGGCCCUUAUACCACGGAGCGGUGCGGCUAGCCUCCGGUCUACUACCGAGUACCCCGGCCGAAGCUGCCUGUGUAGAGGCAGGAGUACUACCCUGCCACUGGGAAACAGCCAGGGAGUUCACCAGCAACGACCUCCCACCCAUCGCUCGUCUACACCGGGCGAGACCGCGGGCCUGGUACGACCCCGGACCCAACACCGACGACAGCCUUGCCCGCACUAUAAAAGUUGGCGACCACCCCAGCAGCAUACUAGUUAAAUAUAGACAGCUAAUUAACCGAAGAUAUUCACAUCACACUAAAAUAUUUACCGACGGUUCCAAAGCGAACGACGGUGUAGAAGCGGGGAUCAGCGGCUUGGGGAACGGGCUCUCCUUCCGCCUACCUCCCUCCUGCUCAGUUUUCUCGGCGGAAGCGGCCGCCAUUGCAGUGGAAAUGAUCAGAAGACCCACCGAUACUCCAACGGUCAUCUUUACAGACUCACUCUCGGUCCUGAGGGACGUCGCUAGCGGGACCUCCAAACAUCGCUUCGUCCAGGCCAUCGAGACUCUUCGAGACCCACUGGUUACCAUCUGCUGGGUUCCGGGUCACAGCGGCAUCAAGGGGAAUUCAACACCAGCUUGCAGAACGGAUUCACCAACCACUGGCGGAGUUCUCGAAAUCACACCCAAAAACUCAAAGGCUCAGCCGACACCUGGACCGACCGAGACAGCCAGAGGAAACAAAAAAUACUCUCCCGACUCCACCGAGCCCGUCCCAGAAUGUGCCACCUGCAACACCCGGCUCACCGUCGAACACCUGCUGUGCAACUGCCGGGAACUGGAGGACCUACGGCGUCAGUACGGCCUGACUGGUCCGAUACGGGACAUCCUAUCCAAUGACCCGGUUCGGGAGGAGGCACUCCUCCUCUUCCUAAAAGACGCCGGCCUAUACGAUAGCAUUUAA